AUGUCCGCAAUCGACUCUUCUUCUGUGAGCCCCGUGGGCUCGCCGCCGGAGUUCCGCAUCCACAACAGAAGAGGCUCGCUGCUGGACGUUGGGGGCGAGAACUCGAUCAACAAUUUCGCCUUUGCCGUCCGCCGCUCAGUCAACUAUCUCUCCUCGUCAGUAGGGUCUCGGACGACGCUCGACCCCGAGUGUGCGGUGCCCGGGAGCCCGCGAGUGACGCCGCAAUUGCCGCCCGAGGAGCACACACCGCUGCUGGAGCCACCGAAGGACGACGUUUCUGAGAUCGUUAUCUCGCUCAAGAGCACCCCCGUGCAGACGGUUUUCAACUCCAUCAACGUCCUGAUCGGCCUAGGCAUUCUGUCUAUCCCGCUGGCAUUCCGGCUGGCCGGCUGGGUGAUGGGCACGGCGAUACUGACGCUCGCGGCGCUCUCAACACGAUACACGGCCCGUGCUGGUGUUUGUCGUGUUCGCACUGGACCUGUACGGCGCGAGCGUGACGAUGGUGAUCCUGUUUGCGGACUCAUUCAACGCCAUUUUCCAGGGCCUCUCGCCGGCGUUCUUCAAGACCGUGCUGUGCACAGGGCUGGUGCUGCUGAACGCGCUGCCGCUGCGAAUACUGUCCUUUCUGAGUUUUGCCGGCAUCGUGUGCACCACGGCGACUUUCUGCGUGGUGCUGGUGUCUGGGCUGAUCCACCGCACGUCUCCCGGCUCGCUGCUCCACCCAGCACCGACAAACCUCUGGCCGGCGUCCCUGCUGGACCUGUGUUUCAGUCUCGGCCUGUUUCUCGCGCCCUGGGGCGGCCACGCCGCGUUCCCAGAGGUGUACGCCGACCAGAAACGGCCCGAGAAAUACACCGCGUGCAUGUCGACGGCGUUCUUGUUCAGCUACUCGAUGGACCUCGCCACCGGCGUCGUCGGGUUCCUCAUGUUUGGGCAAACCGUGCAGGACGAGGUGACAAAAAACAUCCUGCUCAAUAA